AUGCGCUUCUCCACAACCGCCCUGCUGGCGCUGCCGCUGCUCGCGGCGGCGGCCGAGAGCCCCUUCGAGCAGUACAGGGCCAAGUUCCAGAACUUCCUCAGCAGCUUCGGCGCGUCGGUGCCCGGCAGCGGCGCGGAGAAGGCCGCCGAAGCACCGGCCGCGGCCUCCAGCGCGGCCGCGUGCAAGGCCAAGACCAAGAACGUGGUGCAGCCCAAGCACAUCGCGACGCUCACGCUCGAGAACUGGAAGGACACGCUCUACGGGCCCGUCAAGGCCGAGGCGACGCAGCCCGAGCCGUGGUUGGUGCUGGUGUCGGGGCGGAAUAAGACGUGCUUCGGCCGCUGCGGCAAAAUCGAUGCGGCCUUCAACGAGUCGGCCAGCAAGUUCGCCGCGCUGCCGCCGUCGCAGCCGUCGCCGCACCUGGGCUACGUCAACUGCGACGACCAGCCGGUGCUGUGCAACAGCUGGUCGGCCAACACGGGCGGGCUCUGGCUCUUCGAGAUGCUGCCCGCGCCGGCGCCCGUCGACAUCCACACCUGGCGGCUGAACCUGACGACGACGACGGCGCAGGACAUUGUCGACGCCUUCAAGGCCGACAAGGCCGGCCCCGAGACGCGCUGGCGCAAGUAUGAUUCCAACAGCUACUUCCACCCGUUUGACGGCAAGCUUACCAGGUGGGGGCUGGCCGUGCCGUUGGGCUACGUCUUCUGGGUGCUGAACGUCAUCCCGUCGUGGGGGAUGAUGCUGGUUAUCUCGUUCAUCAGCAGGCGCAUGGUGAGCCGCCGCAUCAAUGCGGCGAACCGGCAGGGCGGCGCUCCUGCCGCUGGCGCGCCGCGUGCUGCUCCUGCUGGAGAUGGCCGCUCUUAG